AUGGAAUUACCGAUAUUAACUUCAAACUACGAGCACCGGAGUUCGUACUCUUCACCGAGCGACCCGCUGAAGAUGACCGACUCCUCUCUGAGUUCUCUGGGGGCCAAAGUUGUUGUUGCUUCGUCCAGCGAUGAAAACCACCCUCCAGAAAACAUCAUCGACGGAAACACUCAAUCGUUUUGGAUGUCCACCGGGUUGUUUCCUCAGGAGUUUAUCGUCCGCUUCUCUGAGCCCACGAGCAUUUCCGCGGUGACAGUGGACAGCCACAACGUCAAGCAGCUAAGGAUUGAAAAGAACACCUCACAAAAUGCCUCUCAGUUUGAGUUUGUCACAGAGAAAGACUUUGAACAUACAGAAGGGCAUCUUCAGUCAAACACUCUUUCACUGAAUGGAAGCAGCGCAAUCCACCUUCGUUUUAUCAUCACGACAGGAUAUGAUUACUUUGUUUCAGUUCACAGAGUCACUGUACAAAAUUGACACACUUGGUUAUUGUGAAUUAAAGCAGAUUUUUUUUUUAAAA